AUGAUUCUAGGCAUCAACUUUUUUAGUUAUAUCCGUAACUACAAUGAACAGCGACCAGAGCAAAUCAUCCACCAUGCAAUCAGCGGAACACCCUUCGAAGCUUUAGAUCAAAAAUUGAUAAAGUCCGUCCGUGCCAUCUUGUGCGCUUACCUCCACUACAAGAAUGGCGUUGGAUUGCCAAGAUCUGCCAAGCCUAGCCAUACAAUAACUGUCGGUUAUCGUAUGCUGGCUUUCUACAAGCAAGCUGGCGCCUGGCCAAUCCUCUUUUCCGACAAGUUUAACUGGCCUUUCUUCCUCUCCUUCUCCUCGGACAACUGGGCCUAUUUGGAGGAAAAUGACUUUUCUCCUUUGCGUCCUUUAAUCACACCAAUCAUUCCUACAAUGAACUAUCUGACAUCGUUCGAGAAUGUUGGCUUCUUCUUACAUCAUAUUCAGUCAUUAGUAAAUAUGAUGGCUGAAGCCAAGAGUCAAGAACGUGCGUAUGGCCGUUAUUAUCAUACUUUUGGUCAUUAGAAAAUUCAUUUUGUCUCUCUCUCUCCCUUUCCAUCAUAACUUUCUUCUCUUUUUCCACCAAAUAAAAUCAUCAAUG